AUGGCCAUUGACGGCGGUAUUAGUGACUGCACCGCGGUUGGAACAACUGUCCCUUCCCAAGUUCAAACUAUUUCCCCCUGGGUUAAAAUUCAAACCGAUUGAUUGAUCGAUAUUCCAGCAGAAUUGGCCGAUUUCAGAGGCCAAAUCGCAUAAAUUAAUAAAUCAAUUGAUAUUGCCCUGUCUCCGUCGCCACUGGAUUUAACCGAAAGAGUGCAUUACAGCUAAACUGGAUCAAUCAUGAAGUUUAUUACGACAACGUUUUUAUUUUUAUGCAUUGGAUGUACAUGGCGAGAGACACCAGGCACAUGUGUCCUGGAAUCAGAGUUUGGUUUCACACUUAACUGUGCCUUCAAAAAAUCCGGUCUCUUCCGGGUCCGAAAUCUCGGGGGAGUCAAGGGCUACGUCGGCCUCGGGAUCAGUGUUGGUGAUGAACUCGGAUUUCGAGAAUCAUUGUCGAAUCUAGAAUCGAGUAAGAGGAGAAGUGUGCAGACUGGUCCGGCAAAUUUCAUUGGAAUUGCAAAUGGGGGUUCUCCCAAUGGUGACCCUCGACAGGGUCUUCAAGUUGCCCGACCUGUGCCGCCUUUUAAGCCCCUGCCACCAGGAGCGUCGCGGCCAAUGGCCCCGCAGCCUGAGCACCAGAGAUUGGUGGUGCAACACAACUCAACGGCCUUGAAAACUAUUCCAGCACCUUCACUGGGUGCAUUACAAGACGCAGCUGUGCGCCAGCACCAGGUCCAAUUGCAGCAGCAAAAAAAUUUAAUGCAACAACAAAAAAUAAUACAGGAAAUGAAUCUGCGUCAGCAGCAGGACGCACUGGCUGUCCAGAUGCUUAAGGAGCAGAAGCAGCAACAGGCAGUUGCUAACAAGCAAAAAUUGGUGGAGCAGCAACAAAUAUUGAAUUUGCAGACUAAACGGAUACAGAUGCCUCAAGGCACAGUUUCAAUGACCAACUCCCCAGUGUAUUCACCCGCGAUGGGCAACAUUGCGACUGGCAUUUCCAUGUCAGACGCUGUUGCUAUUGGAAAAAUCACUAAAACGCAGCCAAUAGCUGGUAUUCUGAUUAAAAACACGAAUUUACCUGCAUUUGUGACGAUGCCACCAAUGUCAUCAGCUCAGCUCACCAAUCGCCUGAGUAACAGUCAGACUUUGUUGGUAGAUUCUGUCAAUGAAGUCCCUAAAGAUGACCUCAUGCAGCUUCCACUCCCAAGCGAAGAAAUUGCUGCAUCAGUUAAUGAAAUGACUCUGCAAUCGCUCAACCCCGCUGGUUCCCCAGAGAAUCCCCAAUUCCUGAAGCAGCAGAACGAGAAACGCCAGACCGUUCCCCAACAGUCCUGGCCGUCCUUGGGGCCCAUUCAGGAAAUGGGAACAUCUCUCAAAGCCUUGGCGGAAGCCAGCAAUAUUACCCUCGAAGCCCUGGAAGCCGCGAUUCUACUGAGACAGAAACAAUUGUUGGAGAAACAUCAAGGACCGACCACUACCUCCACCACCACUACCACUCCAUCACCAGUGAAGAGCAAUUAUAACAACGCUGGUACCACCAAAGUCAUGAACGCUCCUCGUGAGUACUAUCCAAUGGGUUACGAUAAAAAUUUCGACGACAAUUUCGCCAGUCGAGUCGAUCUUCCCGAUACAAGUUUUUAUUGUGGCGAUCAGAAGCACUUUCCAGGUCUUUAUGCCGACGAAGACCUGGGGUGCAUGGUCUUCCACGUGUGUGCUUUAACUGACGAUGGUCUAAUAAUGAAGAGCUUCCUCUGCCCCGAAUCAACUUUAUUCGACCAAACGAUUCUCAAAUGCAACUGGUGGUUCUACGUCGAGUGCAAAAACUCUAGAAACUUGUACGACAGCAACAUCCCCAUCAGCAAGAGCUAUCAGCUCAUGAAAGCACUGGCUUUCUUUUCAGCUUAUAAGAAUCACGAUAACACGACUACUCGAGCCGAUAAGAGCGGCUCGUGAAUUUUUUGAACAAUUGUAGCUCUCACCAAAAUGUGUUUUAACAGUCUCAAUUCGUGCUCAAAUAUCUAAGGGUUAUUACUUAUUUAGCGGCAAAUGUAUCUCCGAAUUGUCCAUCGAUUAUUGAUUUUAUAAACGGAAUUAAUUAUUCAAUUAAUUCAUCAAUUAAUUUUCAAUGUUGGUCAGGUAGUUAAUUAAUUAAUACGCGGUUACUUAAUUCAAAGUGAUGGUCAAAUGACGAAUGAUUGUAUCAACAAACGUUGACGGGACAGGAAUUUUCCGAUUCCAUUUCGAUAAUUGGAGAAGGGGUUGCGGAAUCGGCUGUUCACCCUCUCACGGGAAUUGAAAAUUAAUUGAUAAUUGAUGAUUAGAUACUGAGGCUCUUGCCUACUGCUUUAAGAUGUUUGUAUAUAUAAUUUAUUAUUUACCAAUUAGUUUUUGUACAGGGUUGUUAAGGUUUCGGUGAGUUUUUUUUUAUAAUCGUAAGGCAUUGACGGAUUCUUUUGCAAUUAGGAUCAUGAAUUGUGUAAAUAAUUUGUACGGCGAUGUGAAGGAAAAUUUGUUUUUUCUUCUUUUAUUUUAAAUAAAUAUUGAAUAUCCAUGUGUAACGAUCGGUAAUCAAUCGCAUAAAAUUUGUGAAUCUGAUCGUAUCGCCCGAAGGAGUCAUCGCUUCAUUGAAUCGUUUGCUCCCUUGAUAUUUCAAAACUCUCAUUAAUAUCAGAAACCUGGGGAAAUUGGUAUUGCAUAAGGAACGAUUGAAAGACUGUGACUUUUCUCAUUAAUCAUUUUAAUUAUAUUCUCCAUUCCAUACAAAUUAAGUUGGAGACAUGUUUAUAAUACAAACUUAAAAUAUAUACAUCAAUAUAUUGUGAAAUUUUUUUCUCAGCAUAUAUCCAGUUGAUUCCGUAAUUUAUCGGUCUAUUUAUCUUUCAUUAUUUUUCAUUUAUUCAGCGUUAACCGUCUUCAUAGUGCAUUGUGCAAUGCGCUUGGCAAGUUUUAACAUGUAUUCUUACACUGUUUUUUUUAUAUUUCUCUUAAACUUCUCCAUUUAGGCAGAAUUUAUCCAAAUUUAUUUCGUCUUUCCGGCUUGAUAACAAUCUGAUGAAUUCAAUUUCCCAUACAUCAAUUUCACUUGUAACUGCAUCAAUUUGUCAUGCUACCUCCCCGAAUGAAAAAAUCAAAAUGUUCUGCCCAAAAUCAUGCACACAGGAGAUGGUGUAACAAUUUUAUAUUACAGACCCGAAAAUCGCGAUCGAAUCGAACGACAAAGGCCGAGAAUCGUGAUUUAUCAGGCCCAAUAACAUAAAUGUAUCAAUCGAAGGAGGUGAACCUUUAUCUAUCCACCUUACACCUUUCCCUCUUGAUUCUCUCAUUUUCAAUUAACAAGAAUGCACAAACAAAUUCGGAUAGAAAUAGUAGAAGCAUUGGAGAGGGACAAUAAAUAUUCUGCAGUAAUAUAACCGACACUGAAUUGAAUAUCUUUAUGAAAAUGUUCAACUGAAAUCAUCAAUUGCUACGAAUUCAUCAUUGGUAAUUGAACUUCAAUUAUUCAUCUCUGGCCUUCAUUAAUAAUAUUAUUUACAAUGGGCCUCAAACAAUUUUUACAACUUGACGUAAGUGCCAAGAAAUUUUCUAUUCCAAUACAGAGUUCGUUCAUUUUUGGUGAUCAUCUUAUUCUUACCCCUUUAAUUGAGACGAAAUCCUAAUAAUUUUGAUCAAUAACUUGCAAUAGAUAAUAAUUAUCACAGUUUUAUUGUGAUCUGAGAAAAUUAUUUUGUUUUACUUCCAAUUAACGGAGUAAAGCAAUUUAAAUUGUAGCAAUCGAGACAACGGAUUUGACGAAAUUUUUCGUAAUGAAAUACAGUUAUUGAUAAUUACAGCAAUUCUGCGAUUACAUUCCCUAAGAAUAUUUGAAGUCCCUAAUCAUCUUCAAUUCAUUAAAAAAAAAUAUAUAUCAGCUACAUUCGUUUUUAAAAAUUUAUUUUUCAUUUUGUUUACUUUUUUUUGUUUAUUUCAUUGUUUGCUUUACGUAAUGAAUAUUAAUAUAGGUAAUAAUUGCAAAUACAACUAUAGAUAGUGAAUAUACGAGCCUUUGUCAGGGGAGCAAUGCAGUCGUCGUCAUUAAAAGAUUAUUUCAGUUUUUUUUUCUUUCAAGAAAAAAGGAGGAGGGUAUUUUUCUUGUUUAUCUACACGUUGUAAUUAUGUCCAUCUUUCAUCGUGGUUUUUCAUGAUAUCGCAUUAACAAUUAAAUCAAAUAAUAACACACAACUAAAUAAUAAUUAAUGAAUAAACAAUGGGGACCAGUAACUUGGCCUUCAUGCUGGUACCAGGCUAAUGGCUUUUUUUUCAGAUUAUUGGUUGUCCACAAAAGUGCCUUUGUUUCGAUUCCGAAAUAAUUUUUUUAUAAAAUUAGAACUAGAAUUAAUCUUCCUUGGUGUUAUCUCAUUUUUUUCGUUACGAAUUAUGAAACAGUGAGACGUACGAUGUGAUUAUUUUGAGAGGGGAGUGUGGAAAAUGAAUUCGUUGAAAUGAUGUUUUUUAAAUCCCAAGUGAUCAAUCGAAGAAUUAGAAAAUUGAAUAUAAUCACAACACGAAAUCAGUAUUUAGAGAAUAAUGAUUCACGUUCGUUCAGUGAUUCAAGAAGUUGGCAGAGUAAAUUUUUUUUCUAAUUUCUGUGAGAAAAGACUUUUGGGAAAAUGUCGUGAAACAUUUCUUUAAGGAGACACUGCGGUGAAAUUUGAAAGUCUUCAUUCAACCUUAAGAGCUUUUUGACUAAUUCUACCCUUAUUCCGUAAUUCUACCCUGUGAAUUAUUUCAGUGCUUGCAAAAAUUCGUAAAAUACUGAAGUUUUUUUUUUGACAUUUUCCCAUUAGAAAAAUUAACCAAAAAUUCCGAUUUUUCCGCGAUUUCGUGUUUAACGUAAGGGUAGAGUUACUUGAAUAUAUCCCUCAGUCUCACCUCAAUCCGAUGAUCUACAAAGGGAGGUUUGGUACCAUUUUGCCCCGCACCGACUACAUCCCAAGAUCCUUGUUAGCUAACUAUACCCAAUGCAUGAAGUUUGACAGGGGAAUCAUUUUUCAAUUAAGUAAUCACUUAGUGCCUGAUGUUUCAAAUGAAUGUGAGCCUCGAAAAUUCAUUUUUGAAUAAGAAAAAGUCCUUUGAAAUUGCUACAGCAAUCUCAUUACAUUUGAGAAGAGAAAUCAAUUGUUGUACUUUAAUUAUAAUAUCAUCACAGUCAAAAAGAAUUAUUUAAUACAGUUAACGAAUAUGAUUCUUCUCUUUCUUCUGCUAGUUUAUGAUCAGUAUUGAAGCUCCAGUGAUGUGCAUAUUUGAGUCAAAACUAAACAACACUGAAAUUUCAAAAUAUCCAGAAUUUUCUAUUCGAUAUGAUAUUUUCGUUAAUAAUUGAUUUUUUUUCUUCUUUCGCUGAUAUCUGCAUUAUAUUCAAGUUUGGCGAAACGGAAAAUGCAAAAGGGAGUCAAUAUAUCGAUUACCCAGCAACUAGAAAAUUACGUUUCAGUCUAAAAUUAUUUUUAAGAAUUUUAAAACCUGAAAAAAUGAUUAUUUUCAAGUCUGUAUUUUUUUUUCUUUAAUAUUCACUUUAGUACACCGACUCCCUCGGUUGCAGAAUAUUUACAUCAUCAUGAAUGAGGCUGCCUAUGUACAUUUGUAUUGUCAGCAACAAUGCCGCAGUAGAUUACACGUGGAAACUAGACAUUUUGUUGAGUUGUUGUUCUCAUUUUUUAAAAAGUGUAAAACUGGACAGGAUGUUUGAUUAUCGAAGGACGAAACUCUUAUCAUGCCUUAUUCCAUUAAUUAAUGUACUUGGUGAAAAUUAA